UUUAAUGGAAACUCGAAUGGUCCCUAUGGGUCUCUACUCUUUAUUUGUUGCUUUCUCUUGGUGGCUUGUCAUGUCUAGUGGAUACCAUUAACAAUAAUAAUGGUAAUAGUUUUAAUGGUUAGCCGAUUGUUUGUAGUGGAAACCAUUAGAUGUUAUGGUUUCUAUUGGGUUAUUUUUUUCAGCAGGGUUGACAGAAUGCUAUAAUCCAGUGAUAGGUUAACUCGACAUUAAAGAUAAUACCACACACAAACGCACACCUCCUCCACACUCCAACACAGUAGGUGGCGGUAAUGCGCCAAAAAGUUGCCAUGCCAUUCACCAACAAUAACCAGAAGAAGAAGAAGAAGAAGCUAUUUGUUUUUCCCCCCUCUAGAUAAUGUUAAUCACAUGUAAAUAUAUAUAGUUUUUAACAAAACAAUAAGAUGUCAUCCAUUUAAAUAUAUAAACCUAGUUAAUAUUUGAGCUCUGCUUUAAAAAUCAAGAUUUCAUGUCUGCCCUGUUACCCUCACCAAAAGAAACCUUGUAAAAUAAUGGUACGUUCCAGUGACAUCACUUCCAGGAAGUUACAUCGUUUCUCACCCAGGAUUCCAACAGUGAAAACACAAAUAUCAACAUUAUAGACCUGUUCUAAUGGAAUCAGAGGAGUUCAAACACAGCUCUUUCCUACAGCUGACACACACACCUACACACACACCUGCACAAACUCCUGCACAAACUCCUGCACACACUCCUGCACACACUCCUGCUCCUGCUGGCUCACAGCCAUGCGAAGAUGUGCAGAUUUGUAUAACUUCAUACAGAGAGAUAUUAAGCCCCGGGGGACGCGUCACCAACGUGGACCAAGAGGAUGCUGUAAAGCAGGAGGAACCUGAAGAUGAAAACGAUCUCUGUGGAGGAACAUCAAGCCCUGUGAGACACAUCACUAAAAAUCUCCUGAAGCCGCCUGUAAAAAAAGAAGAACCCGAUGAAGACGACUAUCUCUCUGGAGAAACGUCAAGAGCCGAGACAAACGUCACUCCUGUGGACCAGCAGGCUGAAGAACUUGCGAAUCAUGUAAAAGAAGAAGCUGAAGAAGACGAUUACCCCUUUUCAGGUAGAGGAAUAUCGAGCUGUGUGAGACGGGUUAUCGUUGUGGAUGAACACAACAAAGACUUCCUGAAGCGGCCUGUGAAGAAGGAAGAUCAUGAAGAUGACAACUAUCUCUGUACAAUGGAUAUGAGCUUAUUGUAUGGCAAAAGGAAAAAAUCAGAAGUUUCUUUACUGCCGGCAGAUCCAUAUGAAUCUGAGGUAGACAGUAUCAGAGACUCGGAUGACGACAACGAUGACCAAGAUUUGGUCCCAGAACAAGGGAAGCGGAAAGCGGAAUUAUUUUUGGAGAACUCUCCACCUCGGUCUUCUGGAUGUCCAAAGAAACGGAGGUGCAAGAAUACACUCCUAGUUGUCCCUUCCGACGCUGAGCUAAGUACCUCAACACCUUCGAAAUUGACCGUUGAUCUACCUAGUCCUCAUGACUCCGUCUCUACCGUCUCCCUUCCCUUGACCUCUAAAGGAGAACGAAGAAUCUGGAAUAAGAAAGACAUAUCAUCCUUUGAAGUUCCUGAAUCAGUCUUCCCAACGCCUGAAAAAAUCCUUUCCCCUUAUCAGUAUUUUAAGAUGUUCUUCACAGAUCAGAUGGUGUCGCACAUUGUGGAACAGACAAAUCUUUAUUCAGCUCAGCACAAUGGGUCCUCCCUUAGCAUAAACACAACCUUGCACGAAAUGGAGGAGUUUCUCUCGAUGCUUCUUUUCAUGGGAGUUUUUGCGUUCCCUACUAUCGAUGACUACUGGCACGCUGAUUCUCGCUUUCCCACUGUGGCUGACACAAUGCAUGUGAAGAGAUUCAAGAUCAUUCGCAGGUGGCUCCAUUUCAACGAUAAUUCCCAGACUAAUGGCAGCCCUGACCGCUUCUACAAGGUGAGGCCUCUCUUUGACAUGUUGCGUGAACAGUGUUUGCGUAUUCCAGCCACAAACGCACAAAGCGUCGAUGAAGUCAUGGUGACGUACAAAGGCACCCGAGCUGGCAACCUACGCCAGUACAUCGCGAACAGACCUAACCGGUUUGGUUUUAAAUUGUUUUGCCGGGCUAGCUCAUCAGGAAUCGUCCAUGAUUUCCUCCUCUAUCAAGGGAGCACAACCUUCUUCAACAUGACCACAGAUGAUGACAAGAACCUGUUUGGGGCAAAGGUUGUUUCCACGCUCUGCAAAACCAUCAAAGAACCCGAGUCCACUGUUGUCUUCUGUGACAGUUUCUUCACCAGCUAUACCUUGGUGGAAUCCCUAAAAGACAACCUUGGAGUGAGGUGUGUGGGAGUGGUCUGUGAAAAACACACAGGUGGAGCAAACUUGGAAUCUGACCGUGAUCUUAGGAACAAAGGAUGUGGUGCGUACUCGUUCUGCUCUUCAAAUGGCAUCAUCGCAGUAAAGUGGUUCGACAGCAAGUGCGUCACAUUGCUGAGCAAUGCCUGCGGAGUGGAGCCUUUGGGAAACGUCAGAAAGUUCAACAGGGAGUCCAAGCGCAAGAGCGACGUCCCUUGCCCGGCCGUGAUCUCGUCUUACAACAAGUCCAUGGGAGGCGUUGACCUCUCAGACAUGCUGAUCCAUCUGUUCAAAUCACCAGUGAAGUCCAAGCGAUGGUAUCUCCCCCUGUUUGGCUAUGUUCUUGACCUCAGCAUAUGCAACGCAUGGCUAGUGUACAAAAGGGACUGCGCCCUCCUUGGUGAAAAUCCUCUUCCUCUGAAGAGAUUUCGAUUGUCUGUUGCCAACACGCUGAAGUCCGUCAACAAACCAGCAAAGCUUGGCAGACCACUGAACGUCAGCAGCGGUCUGAGCAACAGACCAAGGCCAAGACCGUCUCAGCCCCCACCCGAUGUCCGUUAUGAUGGCUACGGUCACUGGCCUGUGUACACUCACCAGCGGGGGAGGUGCAAAUUGUGUCCCAAAGGUAUGUCACGCUGGAAGUGUACAAAAUGCUGUGGCGGACAGGUGUUCCUGUGCCUGAACAACAUGAACAACUGCUUUGCUGCAUUCCAUCAGAAGGAUUGGAUACAGAGCUAAGGUUAAAAUAGAACCCUACAGCAGAGGGAUUCCAGGUACACGUAUGGAACACGCCCACAGAAUGUGAUGUCUGAACAUGAACGAGUCUCCUGUUGUGAUCCUGACUGUGAGGAUUGCAGAUGCUUCUUCAUCAGUGAGUGUGAAGUUCACGGUGCAGCUCUCAUCCCUGAUACCCCUGUUCCCACUGGGGUCACUGACUGAGACAGACAAACCCUUCCUCCCAGUCUAGAGGUUCGCCGGUCUGACAUUCCUUACGCAGGCCUGGGAGUGUUUAAUAAAGGGGAGACUAUUCCAGCUGGCGCACACAUCGGGCCCUACCGAGGAGAUCUGGUAGACCAUGAGGAAGCCUUGAACAGUGUCUACUCUUGGGUGUAUUUAAGAAUUAAGAAACGCUGAGGCGGAAGUGUCAGCCCUUGUCGUGUGAAGACCGAGCUCAUGUAAAGACCUGCGAGUCUACCUGCGCGAGUCCACCAAGCAAGGACACCGACAAGACACCACUCGCGCUGCUAAGUAUACUUUCCCCCCUUUAUUCCUCUUGCUGUUUACCUGUUUACACACUAAAAUAUGUCAUCAGUUUAUCCCUGUUAUUUGCCACAGGCGCAGACCGCAGCACACUCCCAGAAAAGUACGCAACUGCCAAUCUGCCGUCAACAAGGCAAAUUUCAUUCCUGCCUUUGCAACCCACUCCAACCUCAGUGUGCUGGCUCUGACUGAGACCUGGAUCCAUGCUGAGAACACUGCAGGUCAACUGGGGAAGUUCAUCGAUGAAUUUGACACGCUACUGUCCACCAUCCCGGAUGAUGGAACUCCUCUUGUGGUCCUUGGUGACUUCAACAUUCAUCUCGACAAGCCACAUGCAGCUGACUUUCUUGUUCGCCUUCCCAAAUUUAACCUCAAGCAGUUCACCACACCAGCAACCCACAAAGCCGGCAAACAGCUCAACCUCAUCCUCACACAACAACCUCCUGGACACCAAGCAGUCUGACUUCAAGAGCAACCACUCCACGGAGACUGCUCUGCUUUCCAUCACUGAAACCUUAUGACUAGCAAGAGCAACCUCUAGAUCAUCUGUCCUCAUCCUACUC